UAUUUUGAAGGCUCGGAAGCCGUGCGUCCGGCGUUAUUUUGGUACUUCCCGUUGACUCGAUGGCGCUUGUUGACCCGUUUGCUGUGGCGCUGCUUCCGCGUUCGUCGUAUGGCAGGUCUACACGGAGAGCGCUUUGACCGUCUGACCCACGCGUACAGGUGUUUCCUCGCGGGCUCGUGUCCGAGCCAAAGCGCCGCAGAGGUGGCCGGGGUGGUGUUUUCCGGGGUGCGCGGACCGGCGGAGCUGCCCGGUCACGACAGCGCGUGUGCCCGCGCAGGGGCGCGCUGCCGCGAGGGCAGCGCGGAGCUGACCUGCGUCAGCGUGACCCUGGUGGGGAUAGUGACCAGCCUGACGAGCGAGGGCCAACCCGCGGAGCUCGUCCGCUACUGCCGGGACACCCUGGCAGUGUUGUUCCAGGACCUGGAUCUCAUGACACAACUUGUCCACCAUUUCCAGACCGAGGACCAGAUCAUCUCUCAUCUGGCCGCGAAGAGUGUAUCAACGUAUGUCGUCCACCAUCUGCUCGAAUCCAUUUGCACUAAUUUUCAGGCAACAGUCAGUCCGGUCUGGCAGCAGAAGUGUGUUCAGGCGUUUCACAGCUCCUCCCCCGGGCAAGAGUUGGAUGGGUGUCUGUGGUCACUGACUGACGUCUUGAAGAGACUCCUCCAAGCAGCUCAUCAAGAGAUCCUUGGAAAAAUUGUGGCAGCCUUCGAGCCCAGCCUACGUGCUUUAUGUUCAAAGUUUCUCCCUGAAGAGAAACAACGUGGGAUGGAUUUUACCAGCUGCGAUCGCUGGGGAACAACAUUCUGCCUCCUGCUGGACCUGUUGGAAGCACUGGCUGCUUCCAGUGUGAUCUGUGGUGCUGGUCUGAAGAGUCCCAGAUUAGUGCACAUUCACUCCUCAGCACUCCUGACUACGAUCAGCUGCUCCCCGGAGUAUUUUGUGAAAAAGCGAGCGCUGUUGCUCCUGAAGAGGGCAGUGCUCCAGAAGGCUGGAGAGGACUGGGCCUCAGGAGAGGUGCUGUCUGCUGGACGGAGACAUGAGCAUUUCAGCACUGAUAUGAACAAGCUAGCUCAGACUGUGUUAACAGCCGUGGCUGCUGAUUGGUUGCAGAGUGUUCAAGUGGAGUCUGCCUCUUUCUUCGGGGGGAACAAACACAGUGACGGAGGUCAAAAACCAGACUGUGUGAUGCUGAGAGCUGUCAGCCUGCUUAUUCUCAAGUCCACAGAGCUUCACAUACAAGCACCUGGGAUUACGGGGGUGGACAGCGCCCCAGAUGUUUAUGGAUAUCUACAGAGCCUGUGGGGCUUUCUGAGGCAGUGCAGUGUGCAUCUGAUGGAAGUCAAGCACCUCUGCUCCUGGGUCAGUCUGCUGUUUGGAGAGCAGGACGAUGACAUGAUGGAGGCAGCUAAAGCCUCACUCUUCAUAUUUCUCCAUCACAGACUGUGUUCCGGGUUGGAUGACAUUGCUGAGUCAGAGGCAGCCUGUGUCUCUGGCUGCAAUCCUCACUGCCACUUCCUGUUUCUGCUUCAGAGUGUCUCCUUCGACCACAGCAUCCUCCUUGACUUCCUCAUCUCCUCUGAGACCUGCUUUCUGGAGUACUUUGUGCGGUACCUCAAGUACCUCAAAGCUGACUGGCAGGGUUUCACAGCAGCAUGUGAAAGAGUCACCAAGUCACGCUGUCAUGUUUCACUGCAGGAGUCAUUUACUUUCUCGUGUGCUGGUGAUAUGCCUGCACUGACAUACACAGGUGAGCCAGAUCAAGUUGAAUUCAGCUCCUGCGUCCAGCCGUCAGGUUUUAUCCCACCAGCGGACAGGAUCAGUUUGGUCGCCGGUCUUCCUCUCGUAGAGUACGAUAGUUCUGAUGAGUCUGAUGCAGGGAGCAUGGAGAUCUCUGAGGACGAACCAGGGCCGUCUGUAUGUGAGAAAAGUAAAUGCCCUGCCUUUUAUGUGAAACAGAAAACUUUUGAAGCCAGACAGAAACAACACGAGUCAUCUGACUCAGCAGGAUUACUGAGUGAACCUACAUCCACAGUGAAAAGAAGACCAGAUGGGCUUUCACUGCCAAUGUUACAGAGCAAGCAAAGAUUGUGUACUCACAUGGCACCUCUGUCAGGACAGGUCACUUUAGCCAGAGCACUCACUUGUCUGUCAGAACUUAGACAGGUGGUGACAAGGCUGCAGACAAAGAAGCUCUUCCCAUACAACCCUUCCUCACUCUUAAAGCUCAUGGCACAUGUAGAGAACUGCUCUCAGCAAUCGCCUGUGUCAUUGUUCAAUAAAUGAUGAAAGUACAUAAAAUGUCCUGUUCUGUUAUGUGAAGUGUCGUGGAAGCUAACAGAGUGAGUGCCACCUAUGAAUAAGGCCUCCUUUAGAUUUAAGGCAUGUCUUUCCUGUCUCCCUGCAUUCCUGCUGGGAAAGGCAAUUGGGUAAAGAUAUGAGGAUACGAGUAGCUGACGGACGCAGAAACUAAAUGAAGAAAUCAACGUACUGAAUGGUAUAUAUCUAUAUUAUCCAUAAGAUAUGCUAUAGAUACAUAGCAUAACAUAUUUGUCAAAAGCUCUUAAUUUCUACACAGAUGACAAUACAUUGUACAUCUCAUUUAAGCCUCAAAUUGUAGCAGGCUUGUGGGUUUUAAGUAACUCUGUUACUUUCUUUAAAGUGUGUGCUGGAUUAUGUCCGACAACUCACUGCUGACAAAACAGAAGUUGUUUUUGCUCCAGUCUUCACAAAUGUUAGCAUAAAUCACAUAAGCAGGCAGACUGUGCAUUGUUAGUGUUUAAUUAAUGGGGGAAAAUGUAUUUGAUGUCCUCAACUGAAAAUUGCAUGAAGCCACACAGAACAGUUCAAUAGAUACCAUGGUCAACACAGUGUCACUACCUGAUGAAAGGGACCUGAAGCACUUCUCUGGUUCUUUCAUCCAAAUAAAAACUUACCAGGUACCA